ACUCGCUCGGCUAGCGGAACUCGUGCUGCUCCGCGCGCAGCAGCCAUGAAUGCCCACGCCGCACCCGCGCCCGCGUUGUGGCUCCUCGCGUUGGGCGCGAUGCUGUGGCCCAGGGCCGCCCCCUGGGAGCUCACCAUCCUGCACACCAACGACUUGCACAGCCGACUGGAGCAGACCAGCCAGGACUCCAGCAAGUGCGUCAACGCCAGCCUUUGCGUGGGCGGCGUGGCGCGGCUCCACACCAAGGUGCAGCAGAUCCGCAAGAAGGAGCCCCACGUGCUGCUGCUCGACGCUGGCGACCAGUACCAGGGCACCAUCUGGUUCACUGUGUACAAGGGUGCCGAGGUGGCGUACUUCAUGAACGCCCUGGGCUACCAGGCCAUGGCACUGGGAAAUCAUGAAUUUGAUAAUGGUGUAGACGGACUGAUUGAUCCACUCCUCAGAGAGGCCAAGUUUCCCAUUCUGAGUGCAAACAUUAAAGCAAAGGGGCCACUGGCCUCUAAAAUAUCAGGACUCUAUCAUCCACACAAAAUUCUUUCCGUUGGUGAUGAAGUCGUGGGAAUUGUUGGCUACACCUCAAAAGAAACCCCCUUUUUGUCAAAUCCAGGAAGAGAUUUAGUAUUUGAAGAUGAAAUUGCUGCUUUACAACCUGAAGUCGAUAAGCUAAAAACUCUAAAUGUGAACAAAAUUAUUGCACUGGGACACUCUGGCUUUGAGAUGGAUAAACUCAUCGCUCAGAAAGUGAGGGGCGUGGACGUUGUGGUGGGAGGACAUUCCAACACAUUUCUUUAUACAGGCACGCCACCUUCCAAAGAAGUGCCUGUUGGGAACUACCCGUUCAUAGUCACCUCUGACGAUGGAAGGCAGGUUCCUGUGGUCCAGGCCUAUGCCUUUGGCAAGUACCUAGGCUACUUAAAGGUUGAGUUUGAUGAAAAGGGAAAUGUCGUCACUUCACAUGGAAAUCCCAUUCUUCUCAACAGCAGCAUUCCUGAAGAUCCAAGCAUAAAAGCAGACAUUAACAAAUGGAGGAUAAAAUUAGAUAAUUAUUCCAUUCAAGAAUUGGGGAAAACAAUCGUCUAUUUGGAUGGCUCCACUGAAUCCUGCCGCUUCAAAGAAUGCAACAUGGGCAACCUGAUCUGCGAUGCCAUGAUUAACAACAACCUUAGACAUACAGAUGAACUAUCCUGGAACCACGUGUCCAUGUGCAUUUUAAACGGAGGCGCCAUUCGGUCUCCCAUUGACGAGCGAAACAACGGCACAAUUACCUGGGAGAACCUGGCUGCUGUGCUACCCUUUGGAGGCACCUUUGACCUAGUCCAGUUAAAAGGCUCCACCCUGAAGAAGGCCUUUGAGCACAGCGUGUACAGAUACGGCCAGUCCAGUGGAGAGUUCCUGCAGGUUGGGGGAAUUCACGUGGUUUAUGAUCUUUCCCGAAAUCCUGGGGACAGAGUGAUCAAAUUGGAUGUUCUUUGCACCCAAUGUCGAGUGCCCAUGUAUAAACCUCUCCAGAUGGACAAACUGUAUAAUGUGGUCCUCCCAAGUUUUCUUGCCAGUGGUGGAGAUGGAUUCUACAUGAUAAGAGAUGAAGUAAUAAAGCAUGACUCUGGUGAUCAAGAUAUCAAUGUAGUUUCUGGAUACAUCUCAAAAAUGAAAGUCGUUUAUCCAGCAGUUGAAGGUCGGAUCAAGUUUUCUGCAGGAAGUCGUUGCCAUGGAAACCUCUCUCUAGUAUUUCUUGCAUUUUUGGUAAUGAGCAUUGUUUACUAGUAGCCAAAAUGUAUCUUUGCCAUUAACCUGUGGGACUUCAUUUUACAAGUGAGAUUUAAGUCUGCCUUUCAGGAACUGGCCUUGUGAUGGCUUAGGUCAUCCUCAGCUCCUAGAAGCUCAACUUAGAUGGUUGUAAAUGAAGACAUUGACACACUCCCAGGAUCAGCAACUUACGUGAACAAACAGGGAAAGAAAUGAAAAUGGGUUCUCCCACCCCCAGAAAAGAGCCAGCCAUCUUUUGUUUACAUGUGUACAUUUCAAUAAAAACUUUGAUAAUA